CACACACACUGAGUAGUAUCAAUAAGCUAGUAGCAGGCAAGUCUUAUUAACAACACAGAGACAGCCAGAAGCCCAGGCCUUGAGGAAAAAAAGGUCGAGUAGGGAUUCAGAAAUGAUUGUAUGACGCUGUCGUGAUUAAAUAACAACCCCCAAAACCGUGUCUGAUGUUUGAGGAGAUUCAACACACUCACUGAAAAAUGUCUAAUCUGUGCAAAAGCGGCACCAAGAAGGACACUAAGAUGAGGAUACGAGCUUUUCCUAUGACCAUGGAUGAGAGGUACGUCAACAACAUUUGGAAACUGUUGAAGAAUGCCAUCCAAGAGAUCCAGAGGAAGAACAACAGUGGACUAAGCUUUGAGGAGCUGUACAGAAAUGCCUACACCAUGGUACUGCACAAACACGGCGAGAAGCUCUACACAGGCCUACAUGAGGUCGUCUCAGAGCACAUCGUCAAUAACGUCCAAACAGACCUCCUCGAAUCCCAUAACAACAAUUUCCUGCGGAGACUAAACCAGGUGUGGAACGACCAUCAGACAGCCAUGGUCAUGAUACGAGACAUUUUAUUGUACAUGGACCGUGUGUAUGUGCAGCAGAAUAAAGUGGAGAACGUGUAUAACCUGGGCCUGAUCAUCUUCCUAAAGCAAGUAGUUGGGCACGGUUUAUUCAAAAACCGACUCCAGCAGACGCUGCUGGACAUGAUCGCCAGGGAACGGAAGGGCGAGGUGGUAGACAGAGGCGCACUUAGAAACACUUGCCAGAUGCUUAUGGUAUUGGGCUUGGAAUAUCGGUCUGUGUAUCAGGAAGUCUUCGAAACUCCUUUCUUAGAAAUGUCUGCAGAGUUCUACCAGAUGGAGAGUCAGAAGUUCCUGGCAGAGAACAGCGCCAGCGUGUACAUAAGGAAAGUAGAGGCACGGCUAAACGAAGAGAUCGAGCGAGUGAUGUACUGCCUGGACAAAUCCACAGAGGUGUCGAUCCUCGAAGUUGUAGAGUGGGAGCUCAUCUGCAAGCACAUGAAGACCAUUGUGGAGAUGGAGAACUCUGGCCUAGUCCACAUGCUGAAAAACGAAAAGACAGAAGAUCUGGCCUGUAUGUAUAGGUUAUUCGACAGGGUUGCAGAUGGGCCUAAAGUAAUGUGUGAGUGUAUGAGUCUAUAUCUGAGAGAACAGGGGAGAGCGCUGGUGUCCGAGGAGGUAGAGGGCAAGAAUCCUGUCGACUACAUACAGGGCCUGCUGGACUUGAAGACACGCUUUGACCACUUCCUGCAGGAAUCAUUUAAUAACGACCGGCUCUUUAAACAGACCAUCGCCAGAGAAUUCGAGUACUUCUUGCACCUCAACUCCCGAUCACCCGAGUACCUGUCGCUCUUCAUUGACGACAAGCUGAAGAAAGGAGUCAAAGGACUGACUGAGCAGGAGGUCGAGGGCAUCCUGGACAAGUCUAUGGUGCUCUUCCGGUUCAUGCAGGAGAAAGAUGUUUUUGAGCGUUACUACAAACAGCACUUGGCCAGAAGGCUUCUCACUAAUAAGAGCGUCUCAGACGACUCCGAAAAAAAUAUGAUCUUCAAGCUUAAGACAGAGUGUGGUUGUCAGUUCACCUCUAAACUAGAAGGCAUGUUCAGGGACAUAAGCAUCUCUAACACCACCAUGGACGAGUUCCGGCAGCACCUGCAGUCCACUGGGGUAUCUCUAGGUGGUGUUGAUCUCACCGUGAGAGUCCUGACUACAGGAUACUGGCCUACACAGUCAGCUACACCCAAAUGCAACAUCCCUCACUCCCCUCGGCAUGCCUUCGAGGUCUUUAGACGGUUUUACUUGGCCAAACACAGCGGACGGCAGCUCACACUGCAGCACCACAUGGGCUCAGCAGACCUCAAUGCUACUUUCUGUGGGCCUGUGAAAAAGAAGGAUGGCUCAGAGGUGGGUGUAGGAGGUGCACAGGUAACAGGCUCCAACACAAGGAAGCACAUACUACAGGUGUCCACCUUCCAGAUGACCAUCCUCAUGCUCUUCAACAGCAGAGAAAAGUGCACUUUUGAGGAGAUCCAGCAAGAGACAGAUAUCCCAGAGCGGGAGCUGCUACGAGCAUUGCAGUCUCUGGCGUGUGGAAAACCAACACAGCGAGUGCUUACCAAGGAGCCAAAGAGCAAAGAGAUUGAGAACGGCCACAUGUUUACAGUCAACAACCAGUUUACCUCCAAACUCCAUAGAGUGAAAAUCCAGACAGUCGCCGCUAAACAGGGGGAGUGUGACCUCGAGAGAAAAGAGACACGGCAGAAAGUGGACGACGACCGGAAACAUGAAAUCGAGGCAGCAAUAGUACGCAUCAUGAAAUCCAGAAAGAAGAUGCAGCACAAUGUCCUUGUAGCAGAGGUGACUCAGCAGUUAAGGGCACGGUUCCUCCCUAGUCCAGUGGUGAUUAAAAAGAGAAUCGAAGGACUUAUAGAAAGAGAAUAUUUGGCACGAACACCAGAGGAUCGCAAAGUGUACACUUAUGUGGCAUAGAUAUGGACACAAACAGAAGUGUGUGUGGGGAGACUACAUAUGGACUGGGAGAUUCAUUUUAACAGAUACAUUUUGAACAAAUGAAAACAAACACAAAGGAUCGGAAAUUAACAGCAAACAGAAUUAAAAGAAAAAAUCCAUUAGAAAUGUUGUGGAUGUUUUGAUUAGGCCACCAUUUGCACUUCUGUUACGGAUCUCAGCCACGGAUGGAUCCAGCUUCAAGCUUUUCACUGGUUUUUCUGUGAACAAACUGGCGUUCAAAGGAAAAGGAAUCGUAUCCCUCUGGAAAAUGUGAAUGAAGCA